AUGGAUUCAUAUGCUUCCUGGGUUGCAGGGGAGGUGGACGACAGACGGGUUGACGGCGGUAGCCGAGCCUGGGCACGGCUCUAUGUUCAGAGCAGCCCAAUGGUGGAGCGCUGUCAUCUCCCGCCCCCGAGCCGCCCUCUUGCAGUUCUGCGUCUUUUCCGUAUUGCUCAUACAACCCUCUUAACGUGCAUGUUUACUAUCAAAUUUGCUACUUCUUUCCACAACAGCAAAUAUUGGUCAGAUUCCAAAAGCGACUAUGGAAGUGUGGAUGGUUUGCUAGAAAAGAACACAUUUCCCAGAUACUAUGUUUCUUCCUCUCAUAGGUACCAGCAUAUCCUGCAUAGAAACCUCAUUUAUCUAGCCACAAUUGCUGAUGCGACGCCACCCAGCACGCAGAAGACUGUAGACUGACUGCGCGUACCUGGACACGAGCAGUGAUGCUUUUAUCUGUAGAAAUACUUAGAGUCCCACUUUGAGAGCUGAGAAGCUGUGGUCUUGAAAGGCAGGUAAAAAGGAGUCAUCCAUACUUUUAUGUUAAAAACGUGAAUGUAGUUUUUGAUGCAAUAUUAGGCUAGCUUUUCCCCCCCAUUACUGUAAGCAGAACUUAAGGGUGAUAAUUAUCACUCUCCCUUUUUCCCCUCUGAAAAACUCCGUGUAGUAUACUUCUGAAAAUAGCCUGGUUGUCAGGACAGCGCUGCCAGAGAUGCCUUUGGAGAGAGAACUCUUGCAGUCUGAUUGAAGUAGAGACUGUUUCAUGACUAAGGUUGUGUAACAAUAGGGUAAGCGUUUAGCCAGGUAACUUCUUUCUACCUCCAGCAUGACAAAAUUGGUCAUACGUUGCCACAUAUAUAAGCAGUAGACUCUUGUAUCGUAGGAGUUGUGCUUAAUAAACUGAAGAUGUUCUUUGUAAAUUAUAGUAUAUUCUGGAUUAAUGUAACAUGUUAACAAAGGAGCAGCUCAGCGACUUAGUGAAACAGAAAUGUCAACUUUUCUAGGAAGGAUGGGACUGUUGCGUAACUUAGAGCAGUUAAGUGCAAGGGAGAAAUCAAGCCUAUACACUCAGUGAGAGAAGGCUGUAUGCUUGCCCUAGUUCUAUCAAGCCUUUUCCUUUUUGCUUGAAAUGCUCUGUACUGCAGACUGUAAACAAGUAAAUUCUUGCAUCAUCAAAAUG